CUGCAUGCUUGUAAUAGUUUUAGUGUAAAUCCUUCAUUUCAUGCACACACUCGUGUGGUUGAGGAUGACAGUCACACGGUUAGGAAUUCUCCUGCUGUUUCUAUUAGGAAUGGUGUACGUGUACCAUGUGUCAGCUUUAUGCUCAACCCCCAAAGUUCUGUGCUGUGUGGGGAGAAAUGAUAGCUGCAAUCAAGGUUGUUACUGUGAUGAGUACUGCUUCCAGAAUAAAGACUGCUGCUCGGACUACAACUCAACCUGCAGGAAACAGCCAAUGAAAGUUGUAUUUGACCUGACCUUGUCUACACAGUCGAGAGUAAAUACAGAAGAGGCAAUGGGAAGCCUGCAAAAUUUUGCUCGUCAGGUGGAGGAGCUCUUACGGAAGGAGCAGUGUAAGAACUGCUCAAUGAAGAUCAUACAAGUUCAUCAGAAACCAGAGGACCCCUAACUUUUCCAUCAUCAGAACUACACAAAUUAAUCUCCCACAAUAUGCAGUUACUAUCAGAUCAUACAAAUAACUGAACAAGCCUCCAACUCCAGCCACUGAGGCACUGGAGUAUAGGUACACCUGAAAAACAGCCUUUCUGAAAGACCCAGCACUGAGAGGAGCAAUACCAGUGUGUGACUUUACUCAGUAGGGGGCAGUGAAGUGUUUUUAUGUAGGCACUGGAUGUAUUUAUCACAGCAGGAAUCCCUGAUAACAAAAGUUUGUUGAAUUAACAUUUAUUUUUUAUUUAUUAUUAGUAAUACUAAUACAUCUCUAAUACUAAUAACAAUAAAAUGUUGAUUUAA